AUGUCUUUCCAAGACAUCAGGAGACAAAAGACUGUUUUGGCAAUGAGAAAACGAAGUUUGGAUGUGGGAAACGGUGAUCCCAGGCGCCAUCUGCAGAGGUUUCCCUCGGAUUCAGAUCUCUACAGAAAAGUUCUGCACAAAAAAGCCAUGUCACACACAAAUUUGCAUAAAAAGUUCGCAUCCUGUACGCAGUUAAACAAACCGGCGCAAACUUCACAACAUCAAAACUGCAAAAUUUUCAAGUACGCAGAAAAGUUGACCAUCGAACUAAACAAAUUUUAUUUUCAACAGGUUAAAGAGAAUAGAGUUAGAGUUCGGCGGAACAAAAGUCUGGCUUUUUCUGUCGUUUUUAAGGCCUUAAUUCAUGCACAAGUUGUGAGCGACCGUUUCACUCUAGGGGAUAGUUUGCGCAGUGGGUCAAGGCAAGGUGACAUGGUGGAAAAAGAAAACGACCGAUUCGAGUUUGAAGUGCCUGUGUACCUAGAUGGCAACGAAAAAAUUUUUAUUCACCGAGCCGAGGAGGAUGGCUUCAUAAGACUGCAACUCGAACACUGUGAGACUUGGAACGAUUGCAUCGACUCCGAAGGAUUUCUUUCAGCAAAUCUUGUUCGCUCAAAGCUUCAACUAACCAUGAAAAAUGCUAUUAAAAAUCUAAAUCAUGACGUAGAACAGGGAGCUGACGAGUUUCCGAGAGGAAUUGAGAGUCUGGAAGUCCUCUGUGAGGGUUCGACCAUUGUUCUGCACAUCAACGAUGGUUUCUUGGUCGUGGAGUUGAUUCCGACGAUUCCAAUUCCGAAGACAAGUUUAGAGUGGUGUCGUCGAUUUUCCGCCAAAUCCGGGCCUCCUUCUGAUGUCGUCGGAAAAUCCUGUCCGCUUCCCAUGAGCGAUCCCGAAACCCUCUGGAAACUGUCCUUUAAAUCCGAGGAGAAGAAAAAGUUCAUUUCUCUCGGCACCACUAAAUUCCGUGUGCUGCUAUCUUUGGUAGAAAUGCGGGAGCGAGACAAAACACUGAGGGAGUUGUCGUUGUAUCAUUUACAAACAAUUUUAUUUCACACUGGAGACAAAAUCACUGAUCCUUUGAAAUGGUGCACCGACAAAAUAGGAGACCGCUUCCUGGACGUGCUGGGCUUAUUGGAAAAGUUCUUAGAAAACAAAAAUUGUCCUCAUUAUUUUCUUCCACAAGCUAAUUUGUUUUCAAGCAUGAAUUCAGUUACAGUUUCUACUUUGAAAGACAGAGUGCGCAGAAUGUUAAAGCCAUCCUGCGUAGCUUGUAGUGUUAAGACGAUUUGUAAAAAAGGGUAA